CCUUCCUAAGUCUAACACCAGUGUUUUGUAUGGAGAAUUCUCAGAGCUGUGUUUGUUGGUGUGCGGCGGCUCUUCGGGGGAGUGUAUGUGUGUAUAUCUAUGUGUGUGUGAUUGUAAUCCUGAGUGUGUGUGUGCAGUAACCCUGCGCCAUGGUACUGAUGAUCGAGCAGACAGAUCGGACUUUCACGCCGCUCUCAUCGCCUGAUGGAGGAAAAACCACCGGGAGGAUCGAGAAGAAAGAUCUGCGCGUACAGGCUAACCCCGAAUCCGAAAUUGCUGAGGAAAAACUAAAGAAGGGUGGAAAGUCUGCGGUCGACCUUCACUUGGCCCUUGAUCCAGAGUCUGAUGUGUCUGACACCAGGAGGAGGUCUCCCAUCCUGAGGAUUAAGCUGGCUGAUCAUUCUUCAUUCCCACUCACUCCUACAGACUCGGAGUCAAAACUUGAGAGGAAGAAAGCACAGUACAGUCAGUUCUCCAAAGCAAACGCACAGUACCAUAAGCUCUUUAAAGAAAUAAGCAAUGAUGAGAUCCUCAAACAAAGUUAUACUUGUGCUCUCCAGAAGGACAUUCUUUAUCAGGGAAAGCUUUUUGUCUCUGAUAACUGGAUUUGUUUCCAUUCCAAAGUGUUUGGCAGAGAUACCAAGAUCACAAUCCCAGUUCUCUCUAUCACGCUUAUAAAGAAGACAAAAACUGCCCUUUUGGUGCCGAAUGCGCUUGUAAUCACAACUUCAACUGAAAGGCAUCUGUUUGUCUCCUUCCUGUCUCGGGACACUACGUACAAAUUCCUUCUCUCAGUAUGCACUCAUUUACAUACAGAGAAUGCAGGCGGAACGCCGGUCACAUCGUCAGCAGAGAACAGCUUCCGAAUGGACUGCCCUUCUUCGCUUCCUCUGGACUUCUCCGCGGACUUUUCAGACCUUGAUGGAGUAGUUCGCCAGAGAAGGCAGGACAUGCUGGACAGUAGCAGUUCAGGCUCCCAGACGCCAGAUUAUGAAAAGAUGGAUGAGUUUCCCCCCCUCGCUGAUAACUUCUUAGAUGUGAUGAAGAACGGAGAGAUGGCAGUCCAUGCUGACAUUCACCUGCAGUCCACCAGUGCCAAGCAACACAAUGGUCCGAUUAAGGUCACAACUGAUGCCAACCAGCAGGAGAAGCUUCUUCCCCCAAUGUCUCUUAACACUCUUCUACUCGUCUAUCUAUUUUUGGUGUGUGUUCUCGUGAUGUCUUCCUGUUACAUGGCUUUCAAGAUCCUGGCUCUCGAGCAGCGGCUGAAUUCGCUCGGCCCAUCGGGAGAUUAUUCACACGAAAACGCACUUUAUUAUCAGUCUCAAUCAGCAUCCAGCUCGGAGAUCUAUGGCGAGCUGUCCACAAACCUGUUUAAGUUAGAAAAGAUUCAGAAGAACCUGCGGAAGCUGCUUGAAGGGAGCUGAGUGUCCUGUUUUU